AUGUUUGGCAAAGUUCCGUUGCCAUGCCAACACACAAACUGACAUGGCGUCCCUUCUAACAGACCCCUUGUUUGAAAUCUCUGGACGGGGACCUGCACCCAUUCAGAACUUUUAUCAUUUUUCUGUCACCAAGUCAGAUGUGGUAUGGAGAUGGUGGAAGAUAUCUCCAAGAAUUGUAGACAGGUACUCCAAGCCAGGGGAGCUGAAGCAAUCCCAUGAGGACUUCUUGGAUGACACUUGGCUGCACAGUGAGGUCCGCAUGGUUUUCGGCCUUCGAAUCUUAGAGUACGCCGCAGCUUUGUGCCGAGGCCAUUAUGAUUAUCUGGAGCACUUGCCUGAUUCCUUACUUCUGCGGAUAAUAAAUUAUCUGGAGCUUGAGGAUGUGGGUCAGCUGGGACGAACGUCACGCAGGUUCAGAAAGCUGUGUGGAUCAGAGGAGUUUUGGGAACAGGCGGUGCAUCGGCACUGCAACACAGUUUCGACUGAGGUGGCAUCUCUGGCAGUAGAAGUUGGGUGGCGCACUAUCUUCUUCACCAACAAGCUACUUGCAGAAGUUGAUCAGCCGCAGGAGGCUCAAGACCGAGUGGCAGGCUCCUGACUCAGACACGAAAGAAGAAGAAUCUCCUGGUGAAAGCUUGGAGACAAAUCAGGCGUUCUGUUAUGAGGAGGAGUCUGACCUUGACAUCUGCAGUCUUAAACUUGGCACUGACACUGGCAGUAGCUUGGAUUCCAGCUCUCGCUGUGAU